AUGUUGAUCCGACUUUUAUCCCAACCAGUGUUAAGCCCGUGCGAUGCACGGGGGAUAUGGUUCAAUAACAAUAAUUAUCCUCUCUUUUUCCUUCUCCCUUUUCUGGUUUCACCCUUUGAGGAUCAUAAAAAGGUACACAUUGUGCUCUUGGGAGAUGAUGGUGUUAACAAAACACACCAAGAGAUUGAAGAAUAUCACCAUUCAUACCUAUUAUCUGUUAAGGAAAACACAGAGGAUGCAUCGUCCUCUCUUCUCUACAGUUACAAGAAAAUCGGUGGCUUCGCAGCGCUUCUCACUUCCCCCGAAGCUCUCAAACUUUCGGAAAUGGAGGACGUGAAGUCUGUGUUCCGGAGCAAGGGAAGCAGAUACGAGCUGGACACAACACGAUCAUGGGGAUUUUCCGGCUUAAACGAGCCAACAGGAGGAGGAUCCGACAAGGGAAACUUAUGGUGGGAAUCGAAAUUUGGCAGCGGUGUCGUUAUUGGGUUAAUUGACUCAGGCGUGUGGCCGGAGUCUCAAAGCUUCAACGAUAACGGGAUGGAUCCCAUACCGAAUUGUUGGAAAGGAAUUUGUCAACCAGGCGAUGCAUUCAACUCCUCACAUUGCAAUAGAAAGAUCAUCGGCGCUCGGUACUACCUCAAGGGUUUCGAAGCAGAGUACGGCCCACUGAACACGACGUUCAACUAUCGCUCGGCCCGUGACACGAUCGGGCACGGGACUCACAUAUCAUCCACAGCCCUGGGCCGGAAGGUCGAAAAUGUGUCGGCGCCUGGGGGUUUCGCCCCGGGCGCCGCCAUUGGUGGCGCUCCCCUGGCCCGUCUGUCAGUCUACAAGGUGGUGUGGAGUAUUGACAAGUACGGGGAAACCCAGGCGGACGCGGACAUCCUCGCCGCCUUCGACGACGCCAUAGUAGACGGGGUCCACGUCCUGUGCAUCUCGAUGCAUAGCAAGUCCCGUACGUUCGAUACGGAUGCCUUAGCAAUCGGCGCCCUCCACGCGGCGAGGGCGAACAUUGUAGUCGCCUUCAGUGCAGGGAACGAUGGGCCUAACCCGUCUACCGUCGCAAACCUGAGCCCGUGGGCUAUCACGGUCGGGGCAAGCACUGUCGACAGGAUAUUUCCGUCGCCGGCCGUCUUAGCGAACAACGUCACUAUCCCGGGUCAGUCAACAACUUUGUUGAAGUUGAAAAAUGAGUUCUAUCCAUUAGUUUCUGCGGAUCAAGUGAGCAAAAGUGGCGUACCCAAGAACGAGUCUGGGCAAUGUGGAAAGGGUUCGCUUUCUCCCAAAAAAACCAAGGGAAAAAUCGUAUUUUGUUCGGGAGGUGGACAAAAUAAACAAUAUGUAAAAAGCUUUUGGGUGAAAGAAGCCGGAGGAAUUGGUGCCAUUUUCGGAAACAGUGAAACCGAUGGGAACCAAUUUAUAUUCGCCGAUGCCCAUUUUCUUCCGGCUACUUCAGUCAGUUAUAGCAGCGCCCUCAAAAUCAUGGAAUACAUAAAAUCCACGAAGAAAGCAAAGGUGAAAAUCGUGCCGGCUACAACAUUCCUUGGCGCCAAACCAGCGCCUAUAGUGGCUCCAUUCUCCAGCAGUGGUCCAAAUUCAAUAUCACCUGAUAUUCUAAAGGUACUUAUAUAA